CAAAUUCCUGGAAGGUGAGACAAUCUCACUCUUCGCUACAGAAUCCAAGCUGGCUGACGUGGAGGAUGUGGGUCCAAAGCGGACCGAACAAAUCACCCGGGCAUCAGCCGCCUCCCUAAAACUAUCUUCAUCGGCAAGGGCAACUCUCCAAUCUUUAAAGUCUCCGCGUAAUAGGAUAGCGACCCCCGCUAGCACCCGAGACGCCGAGACCAUCACCGUUACCUUAGUUGCGGAAAUUGUCGGUUCAUUGAUAAGUACAAUGAUAAAUGAUAACAAAUA